CUCUGAUUGGUCUUGGCGCCAUUUCCGCUGCAGUCAUGUCGUCUGCAGACUCCAUCUUGCUUUCCUCGAGCUCCAUGUUUUCCAACAAUAUCUAUAAACCCGCAAGGAUGGGGAAGGCCAGUGAACGUGAACUUAUCUGGGCCAUGCGAGUAUUUAUGACUCUCAUGGCCAUUCUGGCCACGGUUUUGGCUAUCGAGAUCACCAGCAUCUUCAGCCUUACCAUUCUGUGCUCCGACCUGAUCUACGUCAUCCUGUUCCCUCAGCUGACCUCGGUCUUGUUCGUAGACGCAGCCAACAUCUAUGGAUCAAUUGCUGGAUAUAUUGUAGGAUUGAUCAUCCGAAUACUUAGCGGGGAGCCGUUGCUAGGUCUUCGAGCAGUUCUGCGGUGGCCUUGGUAUGAGGAAGAAACUGAUUUCCAGCCGUUCCCUUAUAGGACAACUAGUAUGCUCCUCAGCUUUUUAAGUAUCUUACUCGUGUCCUACGUCACAAACGUUGCAUUCCGUGCUGGUUGGUUGCCAAGGCGAUAUGACGUACUCAAAGGCAUUGUUUGGCAUUCAGAGAGUAAAUCUAAAGGACCCGCGGAUGAACAGAGAUCGGUUGAGAUAGCAAAACAUUUACUUCCGGACGAUACUAAGGAUAAUAUUGCUUUGGAGAUACGCCCCAGACAAAUGGUAGAGAUAAGUGAAGCUAGAAACGACGAUACAUUUAUGUGAGCAGAUGAGCAGAUGACGCCUUCAUGUUGGAGCCGGCGUAACAGGAAUCAAAGUCCUAAGAACGGUAGUCCGGGCUCCCAAAUGAUUAGUGAAGGUUAGGUUUACUUGGUGUUUGGGGGUAAGUAUAGGGGAAGAAGGCUACCUGUGCAAAGUAAUGACAAGCGGACUACGGUACCUAGCGGACUUGCAUUCCUUUUACACCGGGACCAAUUACGUCUCACUGAUAUUCCCUGCGGUCUGCAAACAACAUAGAUCAAAAGUGACCAUUUAGAAAUGACCACCUCAC